AUGGCCACACGCAGGAGACAGGGCAUGGGCAGUUCAGAGGGGCCGGACUCGACGACGGCGGUGGCAACAUGCAGGAAGAGAUCCAGAGGAUGUUGGCAACGGAGAGGAACCCCGUGCUGGGCAUGCUUAGCAGUCAGAGCCCUCUACUUCAACUUGGCACGCAGGAAGUUCUGGGAGCGCAAGAAGCUCUUCCAAAAUGCGUCUGGGGCGGAGGCGUUCAGGACCAAGAGGCAGCUGCAGGGCAUGGAGGCUUUCAGCUAUGCUGGGCAUGGCAGCAAUUGGGCAGCAAUGCGCCACGUCCUCACCCGCAAGUUCCAGGACCCAGAGCUGUGCGAGGGCCUGCUGGCAACUGGUGAUGCACUCCUUUUGGAGCACAACCCUGUGCCCAACCGUGAUUGCAUUUGGUCUGACAACAGCGAUGGCUCUGGAAAGAAUUGGCUGGGCUUGCAGCUGAUGCUUCUGCGGGAUGAGUUGAGUGGAGCGUCUGUGUGGAGACUUUGGCUUGAGCCCGGACGCCCGGCCGUUUGGCAAGCCUCUGCAGCGGUCCGCUCCUCGCUGAAAGCUGCGAAGGCGAAGGCGAACUCCAGCCGCGGCUCUGGAGGAGUGCUCCACGAGGUCAAGCAGUGCUGA